ACACUUGGCAUCUACGGAUAACGACGCCGAACUGUUCACGCAUGAUGAACAACACCCCUUUCUCCCAGCUGACCAAAGCUAUCCUGCCGAUAUCGAUGCAUACGUAACGGCGAAGUUGUUUUGUGUCUCCUGUUGGCUUCCCUUUAAGUCACGCAAGAGCACGAGAGAAUCGGCCCACCGGGAACACAAGCCUGAUGUGUUCCUCAUCCCCUACUGCAAUCAUCUCCUACGUGCCAAAUCCUUCCAAACAGCUUUCUCGUCGCCCUUGCACUUAGAUACCUUGCGUCAUCCUCGAGAAUGCCUGCCCGUCCGGUCACCAGAGGGUCCAGGUCCGGGGUAAAGCCGCCUCCCCCAAAAGGAAAGCCAACAGCGAAGACGAGGGCCACGACCAGCAGCGCCGCCCCAACGAAGAAGGUCCCUCGCUCGAGGACCUUUACAGGCUGCCGCACCUGCAGGAGUCGCCAUCUCAAGUGCGACGAGACCCGUCCGGUAUGCUCUUCCUGCCGCCGCCUCAAUCUUGUCUGCGAAGGCUACGAUGGCCAGCUUCUGUGGGUUCCAGACCCCCUGUGCUCCGCCGAGCAGAAGCACGCCCAUCGCGGCACGUCCUACCGGUACCCGCUUUUCACCGAGGAGGAGAGGAAGAUGAUGAGCGUCGAGAUUGUGACCAGCAUGGGGCACCAGUCUGCCGGGGAUAUUGUUCUUGAUCUCGAUGAGAAGAGCGUCCACGCCGACGACGCGCAUGUAACUGGCCCGUUUGGCGUGUUCAGAGCCUUUGAUGGCUCUACAGAUACUGGAUCUUCGCCGUUGCAGCCUUCUGUCUCUGAGAGCUCACCUAAUACCUCGCCCUCUGAUGCCUUGCCAGAGAUAAUGGUUGGUGAGCUCGAUGAAGACAUCGAGGAGGUUGUAAUUGAGCCUUGGUCUGUUGACGACAACUCGCUGGUCUUGGAGCCAUACUUCUUGCCUGGGCCGUUUGACAAUUUUAGUACCGAUGGCAUGCUCAACAACCUGAGCCAGCCAUGGAUGCACGGAGAAGGGACGGGGAGUUUGUCUCAUAUGAUGGCAAUGGACAACUCCGCUCUGGAUCUUCUAUUCUCUCCCUUAUCGCCGCGUACGCCAGCAAUGGCUCGUACCGAGCCUGGAAUUGCUAAUGACACAAAUACCCGAGAUUGGAACCAUGAUAGAGAACAAAACCAUACACAGGAAUCGACCAGUCCUCUGGCAGAUGAGCAGGACCUGACGAUCUCGCACAAAACUUCAAGCCCUUUCACUAACAAUAUGCCGGGUAUCGAACCAUGUUUGCCGUCACAUGCCGCUUCCCUCUUACGAUACUACAAAACCAUGGAAUCAUCAUCGUCAGUCAAGGGCAUGAGGAUAUCACCAUGGCAGCUCUGGCUUCUCCCUUGCGCCCUGGAAACAUUUGCCGAACUGUCUCUUUGGAACACCACUUCGCAUACCCGACACAGUAUCUUGUGUACACUAUUAGCAAAAAGUGCCUAUCAUAUGCACCAAUCGUCGAACAAAGAGAGCCAAAAGCCAACAACACAGUGGCUAGAUAUUGGACAGAACUAUCAAAAGAGUGCCCAGUCACAUCUUAAGAUGGCUUUACAGGGCGAGUCUGAUCAGGCAAGUCAGGCCAAGUACAACGAGAUACUUAUGGCCAUUCUUGCUACAGCCAUGGUAUCGGUCCUGUAUAACGGAUCUCGUGCAGUAAAGAUCUUCCUCCUUGACGCCGAACGCCUCAUCCGCCUCCGCGGCCUCGCGAUGCCCAAAUCCUUCAACGUCCGUGUCCUACAUCACGUCUACACACACCUCCGCGUCAUCGCAGAGAGCACAGACAUUGCCAUAGACUCUGCAAAAUCCCAAGCGCAGGCAGCAACCGAGAUGGCGGUGUCGCUACGUAAGUUCCGUAUUGCAGAAGACUCUCUAGGCGCCGACCUCGACCUGUCGCGGGAGAAGCCCGCAGAGGUCGGCUAUGCGGAUAUCCAUCUUGAUGUUUCUGGACACUGGCCCGUGACGAUGUAUCCAGAGAUAUAUGGUGUACCAGAGUCGCUGAUGACGCUGCUAUCGCAAACCAUUAGCUUCGCCAAUGAAAAGACGAAGUUGGAGGCUAUGGCCAUGUACGAUCACCGCAUCUCCAUGGCCUUGUCACGGCACAUCAAACAGCUGGAGCAGAAUAUCUGGUCCUGGUCGCUCGGCUCAUCAGACAUGCAGAGCGGACCAAGCCGACCACGGGAACUCGUUACACAGGAAACGAAGCUCGUAGAUCACCCCCUCAUCAGAUCCCUGACGCUCGCAAUGCAUCAAGCACUCAUCAUCUACUUCUAUCGUCGCGUCUACAACAUGAGCGCCAUGGUAAUCCAGGACUCCGUACGCAAGACCCUGGACUUUAUUCAGCCGUGCCUCGAGGAAACAGCGGACGAUCACGACUUUGCGACGAGCAUCGGUUGGGCAGCGUUCAUUGCCGCGUGCGAGGCUACGACGCCUGACUUACAAGAGAGGGGCCUCAAGGUGCUUCAAAUGAUCGAUAAUAGUGGCGUAAUAUUUGGCACCGAUAAACCUAGUGUUUUGGCUCAGAGUGUGUGGGACAAGAGAACGGAGACAGGUGAUUGGACGUUGAGCUGGCCGGAUAUGAUGAAGACUAUUCCGAGGUGAGGAGGUAUAUUAGUAGACUUUAUGAUGUAGAUGAUGAACGAUGUACAACGACAGCGAUUGAAGAUCUUACAUACUUGUAAAUUUGAGCACC